ACAGUUUUUAACAAAAAAAUAUUAUUUAAUUACAAAAACGGUAUUUUGCCGGUACACAACGAUUGAAUCACGGUAGUACCACAAAAUACCCUACCACUAGCAGAGCCGAUAUAACUUCCAGUACGGUUUCCUUUACCACGGAGAAAAGGUGAAAAUCAGAAAGUGGGAAACAACUAACGUCACACAACUCGGCGCUCUCUGAGUUUCAGCAGCAGUCACUCACUCUUGCCGAGUGACAUUUUUCACUUUUGCCUCCCACGGUGGUCCAAAAACCCAUUAUUCCACCCCAACCGUAGCCACACUCCGAUCUUUCCACUUCUCCGAUUCUCCUCUGCUCGUCGGUGAUGGGAAGCCAUCAUAGAGAAGAUCCACUUUCCUACCCAAACAACAUCCAUUCUUCCUCGUCCUCUCCGAUCACAGUCUCCGACUACCUCGACCCCGCCGCCGCCUUCCUCUCUUCCGACCCAUCCAACAAUUCCCUCAUCGGCAGCGCCUCCAGCAGUUUCCAGAACGACCCGGGUUUCCUAAACGACGCCGCCGCCGCCGCUGCCAAUAUCGACGCCGAAUUCGGCUUCUCUCGGCCGGACUUCAGGCAGAGCCCGCUUGUCGGGACCGUGCAGUACUACGAGCGCCAUGUCUUUUUGUGUUACAAGAACCCUUCUGUUUGGCCUCAGCGGAUUGAGGCUGCCGAGUUUGAUCGCCUGCCGAGAUUGCUCUCAGCUGCCGUCACUGCAAGGAAAGCUGAUAUGAAGAAAGAGACCCGUCUAACAAUAUGUGAGGGACAUGAUGGAACAGAAACCUCAAAUGGGGAUGUGUUAAUCUUUCCUGACAUGGUCAGAUACAGGAGGUUAACACAUUUUGACGUCGACACAUUUGUGGAGGAAGUGCUGGUCAAAGAUGGUGAAUGGAUGCCCGGAACUCCAGAAAAGCUUCAUGGUUGCUAUGUGUUUGUAUGCUCUCAUGCCUCCAGAGAUCGCCGUUGUGGCGUUUGUGGUCCGGCCAUAAUUGGAAGAUUUAAAGAAGAGAUAGAAGUUCGUGGUCUGCAAGCUAGAGUCUCUGUUAGUGCAUGCUCACACAUUGGGGGCCAUAAAUAUGCUGGAAACAUCAUCAUUUUCGGAUCAAGUGUUAGUGGAGGCAUCACUGGACACUGGUAUGGAUAUGUUACUCCAGAUGAUGUGCCCAUAUUACUCGAACAACACAUUGGCAGAGGAGAGAUUGUCGAUUGGCUGUGGAGGGGCCAGAUGGGUUUGCCAGUAGAGGAUCAGAUUAAGUGGCAAGAACAACGGCUGCAACUGAACGGGAAUAAUUUGGUGGAUAGCAAUGAAGUGACACUAAGAAAAACAGAUGUUGAAGCAAGUGUUGCAGCAGGCACUGUUUCUGGACCCGACGCCACUGGAGGUCGCUGCCAGGAAAAUGGGAACUCUGCUUCUUGCAGUCAAAAGCCUGUCUCAACAGAAAACAACAAGCCGAAAGAAGGGAAGCUAUCUCUAUUGGAGGAGAAAAAGAGCAACAAGAAGUUGAUCUCCCGUCGUAAUAGUGGGAAGAAGUCCCUAGUGCAUAGAGUUUGUGGAAAGCCAACAUGGCUAGAGAGCUGGGAGCUUGAAGAUACAUAUGCAGCUGCUGCUGUGGUUUGUGCCGUCGCGUCAGUUGCCGUUGCAUACAAAUGCUACAAACAGCUGAGUUAAAUCAUUCCAAUUCCUUUCCUUUUGUGUUUGUGUUUGUGCGUGUUUUUUUUUUUUUUUUUUUUUUUGUGACUAAUCUUCAUAAGCAAAACUCGUGAGUUCAAAGAAUCUGUAAAUUAAUCCUUUCCUACCGUUUGUUCUGGGUUUACAAAGUGAAGCUUUCUCUACUUAUUCGUUCAUCUCUACGAAAGACUUCAUAAUGCCAAAUAGCUCUCUCAACAUGUUGGAUGUACAGCCUGCACUCAACCAUCAGAAGAGUUCCAAAAGCAAUUGAUAAGAUGGCUGGGUGUCAGAGUCUUCAUGGAAAUAAGGGGGUUUGAGAAAUGACUGAAAAAAAUUCAAGGAAAUUU